AUGGGUUCAGCGGAAAGCAAAUCCAGCGGUGACGCAUUUUCAUGGACCGAUCGACAUGGCAGCUCGAGCACAAACUCACUUUUCGAAGCUGCACUCGCAGCCUUAUGUCACGAGGAUGUAGCUGAUCAGAACAAGAAGAAACCCGACAACGAAGAAGGAAAGAUAUGUCGUUCUUCAGAAGCGGCGCUAGGCGAAUUAGGAAGCUCCUUCAGCACGCCAUCAUCGAUCAGUGAUGAUCCUACGACAAUCCUUAAAAAAAUCCUUUGUUAUAUCGAACAUGGUGACGUCGAAAUAACCUUAGAUGAGUUACCAGGGCUGAUUUCCGUUGCUAGAUAUCUCGGUUUCGCUGAAUUCGUCACCUACAUUGAGGAAAGACUUGUUAAGGCAUCCAGAAAUUUGAAUAUUCUCGGCAAAUGCAUCGCCAUCAGUUAUUUCUGCUGCGCUUCUGAAGGGGUAAAAAACGUAUUGCUGUCGAAGGUGGUCGAGAACUUAACAAAAGAAGUAGUCAAACAGCAAAUUCCAAUGUUGCCUACUGCCGCUAUUUUCGAAUUCCUCAAACGCGACGAUGUUCGAUACAAAUGCAAACAGGGAACAAUGCUUUUGGACAUAGUCUUACGGUGGAUGGAUGCGAACCGCUACGCCGCUAGUUUUUUUCCCUUGAUACUGAAUUGCAUUCGGUUUGACCAUGUGUCAAGUGAUGAAGCGUUCCAGUACCUCGACGAAGCAGAGAACAAGGACCUCGCUGACGUACUGCUUCCAAACAUAGCCGCCGCAGAAUGGAAAAGGCUGUGCAUAAAUAUGGGUCGUGCUGAAUAUGCACAACUAAACUUGGAUAAAUGUCCACCACCUACGAUGCCGAGGUGUGACGAAGAAGCUACCGAGGUUUCGCUUUUUCCUUAA